AUGCAGCUGCAUAUAUCUCCCAGUUUGAGGCAUGUUACAGUGCUACCAGGGAAAGGACUUAAGGAGUUUAUCAAAGUGAAAGUUGCGUCGAGGCGUCUUUCUUAUAGGAUGCUUUUCUAUGCGCUUUUGUUCUUCACUUUUCUUCUGAGGUUUGUGUUUGUUUUAACAGCUGUGGAUGGCAUUGAUGGCGAAAACAAGUGCUCAACCAUAGGUUGUCUAGGAAAAAAAUUAGGGCCAAGGAUUUUGGGUAGACGACCUGAAUCAAGUGUCCCAGAAGUGAUAUACCAAACAUUAGAUGAACCUCUUGGCAAUGAUGAACUAAAGGGAAGGGUUGAUAUUCCACAGACUUUAGAAGAGUUCAUGAUUAAUAUGAAGGAAGGUCGAUAUGAUGCCAAGACAUUUGCAGUUAAACUUAGAGAAAUGGUAACCCUUAUGGAACAAAGGACUAGGUUGGCCAAAAUCCAAGAAUAUCUAUAUCGCCACGUAGCAUCGAGCAGUAUACCGAAACAACUUCAUUGCCUUGACUUGAGGUUGGCGCAUGAGCACACAAACAACGCGGCUGCGCGCCUUCAGCUGCCUUCUGCAGAACUAGUUCCUGCCCUUGUUGACAAUUCGUACUACCACUUUGUCUUGGCCUCAGAUAAUGUGCUUGCCGCUUCGGUCGUUGCAACGUCACUUGUUCGCAAUUGUUUACGACCUAAGAAGGUUGUUAUACACAUUAUUACGGACAGAAAGACUUAUUAUCCAAUGCAGGCUUGGUUCUCAUUGCAUCCUUUAUUACCUGCUGUGAUUGAGGUCAAGGCCUUGCACCAUUUUGAUUGGUUUACAAAGGGAAAGGUUCCUGUUUUAGAAGCAAUGGAGAAAGAUCAAAAGGUGCGGUCGCAGUUUCGAGGAGGUUCAUCAGCUAUAGUUGCAAAUACCUCUGAGAAACCAAAUGUUAUCGCAUCAAAAUUGCAAGCACUCAGUCCUAAGUACAAUUCAGUCAUGAACCACAUCCGGAUACAUCUACCCGAGUUGUAUCCAAGUCUUAACAAGGUGGUCUUCCUCGACGACGACAUUGUGGUACAAACUGAUCUUACACCUCUGUGGGAUAUUGACAUGAAUGGAAACGUCAAUGGAGCAGUGGAAACAUGUCAUGGAGAAGACAAGUUUGUGAUGUCAAAGAGAUUGAAAAGCUAUUUGAACUUUUCUCACCCUCUAAUAUCCAAAAAUUUCAGUCCCGACGAAUGUGCUUGGGCAUAUGGCAUGAACAUUUUUGAUUUGGAGGCUUGGAGGAAGACCAAUAUAAGCAAUACAUAUCAUUAUUGGGUUGAGCAAAAUAUUAAAUCAGACCUGAGUUUGUGGCAGCUAGGAACAUUACCUCCUGGAUUGAUAGCAUUUCACGGUCAUGUCCACAUUAUAGAUCCUUUCUGGCACAUGCUGGGAUUAGGAUAUCAGGAAAACACAAAUGUUGCCGAUGUUGAGAAUGCUGGUGUCAUCCAUUUCAAUGGCAGGGCAAAGCCAUGGCUAGACAUAGCUUUUCCACAACUAAGGUCAUUGUGGACAAAAUAUGUCGAUUUCUCAGAUAAGUUCAUUAAAAGCUGUCACAUUAGAGCAUGA